UGACUUUUCCCUCAUUUUGGUCGGAACUUCCGGUAAUUCUCACCGAGGUCCCCGCCCCUCCACAUACAAUGCAAUGGGCGUUUCCAAACAAAAGACAGCAGAGGGCACUUCAAAAUGGGAGAGAGCUUCUACGAACAGCUGCGAAUAGACAGCCGCUUCCUGAAAACAGAUCAGCGACUGGAUACAGAACUGGUGGAUAAACUCAUCCUGCAGCUCAACAGAAUCUACCCGCAGAUCCUGAAUGACAAGGAGGCCUCCAAGUUCAGGGAUUUGGAUGUGCCCACCUGUAUCAGGCUGGCGGAGCUGCUGAAUCAUCUACAGGAGAAAGGAGAGGAGGCAUGUCGAGAGUUUUACCGAGCUCUGCACCUCCACGUGGAGGACGUUUAUUUCAGUUUACCCACACGCCUCCGACUCAGAGAGUCUGGUGAACCAGUCGGCCCAAUCCCAAAUCCCAAGGACAGAUAUGUAAUGAAUGACCACAGUCCGUUUUUCUUCCUUAGUUGUUUCAGUGUGGCUGUAGGAGCAGCUCUGCUAUAUUACUACGGUGAGUCCAAGCAGGUGUCAGGCUCCAGCAGCGCUCUGGGUCUGGCUGCGAUGGGUCUGAGCAGGAAAGUGAGGGACGUUCUCAUCUGGUACACAGACGAUGGAAAGUGACGGCUUUCGUGCUGCCUUCAAAAAGAAUUGAGACAUGGCAAUUGAUUCUGAAAACUCCGUUGCCCUUGUCAAAAAAUAUUUAAAUUCAGGUUUUUAAAAAGAUGUACAUACUAUGUAUACAGAGAGAUUGUUGUUCAGCAUUAGAACGGUCGAAUGUCCAAAGAUUGAACUUUUGGGUUUCAUGGGUAAAGGCCAUUGCACACGUAGUCAUUUACAUUUUUUAUCCGUCAUCCUUUUCAUCAAAAUGCAUGUUACGGAUGUGAAAAUGCAGAAAAAUCGAACCUGGCUUUUUAAUUUUUUAAGACGGACGAAAGUUUGUAAACAUGAUUGAAUGGUUCAAUUAACUAGAAAUGGUGUGAAAUGACCUUUAAUCUAGAAUCUCUUAGUUACGAUUUUAAAUAUAACGAUAUAACGGUUUAUAUAACUGCUUAACAAUUUUGAUCAAACAUUACAGUCAUUGAAAUAAUAGCCAUUUAUACAUAAGGGCAGGAACUCAGAAAAGUUGGAUAGGAACCAAACUUGCUGCUUGCACUUAAGUAUUCAGUUAGAGUUGCUGAGAAGUUGUUUUUUGUGUAUUUGUUUUAUUGUACUUUAAUAUAGACGUCAAACUCAUUAUUUAUAGUCCGUAUCCUUCCAUUCUUACAGACUUGGGACUUGCCUAGAGAUUAUUGUAGUAAAAUGUUGGCACAGAUUAUAAUUCACUACGCCGUUUAGUACAUGCAGAACUGGGUAAACUUGACAAAUCAAAUAGAUCAACAUGUCAGAAUAUUUUUACAAAUAUUACAGGUAACCUUAAAGUCCAGUACCUUGGAGUAUUAGGAGCUUGUUACUUUGUAAUACCUUUUUUGUGGACUAAGAUUUCAACAAAUAUAUGUUUAUAUUGUUUGUUUACUUUUAUACUAGCAGCAUGUUUGUACUGGUUUGUGUACUAAUAAUUAAUAUUGUCAAUUUUACUCGUGGCCUUGUUUCUGCAGUGCAAUUAUAAAUGUUUUGUAAAACUUUUGGCCUGGAAACCUUUGCUGAUGGAGUAGUUAACUGAGAAAAUAGAUAUUUUUGGUGGUUGAAAAAUGAUUGGGCUAAAUAAAACUGUGGAACUGUU